ACUACACUCGUGAUAAUGCCAAGUGUAACAAAGACAUUAUCGUAGUAGUAUAGUGAUACAAGUAAUAAAAUAUUGAAUCCACGAGUCUCUAGAUUUGUUAUUACUCAACUUCAUAUUAUUAUUUAGCAUAACAUAUUCAGAGUAAACAACCAAACUACUCUACAAACUAAAGAAAAUGUUAGACUAAUUAAUUACAGGUUGAAAACUCACUUUGUUAUUGAUUCCCUCUAGUCACUAUAGUCAGAUUGAUGAUGCUCAAACUUGUUUCACUCUUUAUUUAAAAAAAUGAGGAGAAUUCUUGAAUCUCAAUUAAAUUAAACUCCAAUUAGGAUGUACAUUUGCCUUAUUGUCAACUUCAUGUCAUCAUCACCUAUGGCCAUGGUCGAUCGUACCAAAUGUCAAUUGCUUAAUUAUUAAUCCCGUACUAUCUCCAUUUUUACUAUUAUUACGUUAUUUUCUCAUUGUACAUCAUCCCAUAUAUUGAAAAUAAAAAUGACCAUAGUCGUCAUUUUCUUGCUAUAAGUAUAUCCAUUGUCUUAUGCCGCUGGCUGAGUUGCCGAACAUUAUGAUACCAUUGUUCGUUGAAUUUGAAUUGUUCUAUAAUUAUUAACAGUUAAUAUCUACUAAGUCGUUUUUAGCAGGAAUUAAUAAAUUGAUUUUAAUUUGUUGUUAAAAAUUAUAACCAGACAUUAUUAAAUUAAAAGUAUAAUAGCUCAAAACAACAAUUACUGUACAUCCGAACUGCUUUUCAUGUUCAUUGUGACUCAAAAUUACUAUUCAUUGAGUUCUUAUUGGUUGUUGCUUUAAUGUGGGUCCAGAUUUCCUUUCCUCUCCUUUUGAACUAUCGUCGAGACUGUGGGUUGGGUCUGACAUGAAACCCUCUGCGAGGAAAAUCGCGCUGGUCACAAUUCGACGGCAUAGACCCGGUAAGGUCAAGAAGCACUCUUGGAAUGCUGAUGGGAUUAGGGAUGACAAAAAUAUCCGUAACCGUGGAUAUCCGUCCGAAUCCGACCUAAUCGGGUUGGGUAGAACCCGAACCCGAAUGACAUUUAGUGGGUAUGGGUAGAAUCCGAACCCGAAUAUUGCAGGUGAUGGGUGGGCAUGGGUUUCUCACUAUCCAACCCGAACCCGCCCGAUUAUACACAUGCAUAUGUAUUCUGUCUAGAAAUAAUCAUUUUUUUCUCUAACAUAUUUUAUAUUUAGCAUAUAAAUAUAACAUUUUCAUGAAAUUAUGUUGUUUUAAUUAAUUUUCUUCAUUCUAGUGAAUUAUUGUCGUACUUGUUUUCUUACGUAAUGUGAGAAUACGUGUGAAUGUUAACAUAUUGGUUAUAGUUAUGAAGAAAAAUCAUUACCCAUGGAUAACCAUGGAUACUCGAAACCCGAACGGGUAUGGGCAUGAUUUUAAUUUUCUACCCGUUUCACAUGUGGGUAUGGGUAUGGGUAAAACCCAAACUACUUUGGGUACAAUAACGGAUCUGCACUAUCCGUCCCCGACCCGAUCCAUUGCCAUCCCUAGAUGGGAUGUAUCUGCCAGCUUUUUUUCCGAUUUUGUUUGGUUACUUUGGAUUGGGGCUCAGUAUCUAUGCGUUGGAAGUUGGUAGCCAACCAUAUUUCCCCUCUUUUUAUCUUUUUGAUGGAGGUUUGUUCAUUGUUGCCCUUUGCGUUUGUACUUUUGUGAGGGCGAUGCUUUUUGACCACUUUACACAGGUGGCAGAGAGUUAUUGUUGGAUGUUGUCAGACAUGCCAUUUUGUCACCGUCGAAUGCUCUCGGUGGGAGAAGAGUAACUCCCCCUUUUGAUUGACGCAGGCAUUCCUUGCAGAGAGAGGAUGGAGUGUGUCAGUGGGUGGAGGUAUCAGAGAAGGCAAAAAAUAACAACAACUCUUUUUCGUCGGCGGAGAUGCUGGGGAAGGGGAGCCUGGGGACGGUUUGACCAGGGAACAGAGGACCGGGCCGAAUCCCACUUGACUGGACCACUCGGAUCAGCCUGGUACUCGGAUCCGCCCGCGGGCUAGCCAAGAUCCACGAGGAAUAUCGGUCGGCCCGAAUCCCGCACGGCAACGUGAAAUCCUCCAACGUCCUCCUCGACAGAAACGGCGUCGCUUGGAUCGCCGAUUUCGGCCUCUCCCUGUUGCUAAACCACUGGCGGAAUCAGGGGGUGGCCACCCCAGGCCUCGGCCCAGCCCUUCUCUGGAUCCGUAGUUACUAUAGACGUUAUGAAAUUUUUGAUUUCAGACAUUCAAUCCAGUGUUAUUCUAUGAUAAGAUUGGUUUUAACUAGAAAAAUUAUCAAGUUGAACAUAUUCAAAUCACUAUUCUAAAUUUAGACUAUGAAAUUUUAGCCCCAAAGAUUAUGCUUCUAAAAAAACAAUGAAACCUAAAAUUCUAAAAAGUUAAAAACGUAAAAGACUAAAAGAAAUAUGAGGUUUGUUCCCUUACAAAUUUACUAAAGCAGCUGGUGUGCAGAGAUGGACACACAAUGUAAAUUGAUUAGUCGAUUGAUUUAUCUAGUGUUGAUGCUGCUCGUUUCAAAAGCUACUACGAAGAGAACCUUUUUAACAAUGAAACAUGUGAGAACUGAUUUGCUCAACAAAAUGAGCGAUGAAUUUUUCGCCGAUUGCUCAAGUAUUUUAUUUGACACAGUGUAUACUAUUGGUAUGGAUGUAGACUUCAUUAUUGAUGCAUUCCCUAAAUUAAAAUACAGUUGUGUACAAUUUACAUUGCAAAAAGCUAUAAUCAUUAUAUUUUUUUACGGUUCUAAUUUUUUAAUGAAAUGCGGCCCAGUGCUCUUCUAUGUUCUGGAUCCGCCGCUGUGCUAAACCCAGUCCAUGUCAUCGCCAGGCUGGGCGAGUACCGAGCUCCCGAGCAGAUGGAGACCAAACGGCUCUCUCAGAACUCCGACGUGUACAGCUUCGGCGUCCUCCUCCUCGAAGUCCUCACCGGAAGAGACCCCGACGAAGUCGUGGCCGCGGCGGGGGCAGGGGAUCUGCCGGGGUGGGUGAGGUCGAUGGUGAAGGAGGAGUGGACGGCGGAGGUGUUCGAUCAGGAGCUGAUGAGGUACAAGAACAUCGAGGAGGAGAUGGUGUCGAUGCUCCACGUGGCGCUCGCCGCCUGCGUGGCUUCGGCGCCGGAGAAGAGGCCCGAGAUGGUGGAGGUGGUGAGGAUGAUUGAGGAGAUCAGGGUGGAGCAGUAGCCGUUGAGGGAGGAUUGCGACGAGUCGAGGAACUCGCUCUCGCCGUCACUUGCUGCUACUACGGAAGAUUGAAUUGGAGGGAUUCUCAUCUCUUUCGUAAGUGUAGUAAGUUGUUUUUUUAGUUGAUUAUAUUACUUGUUGUUUAUGUUGGAUCUCUCAAGCCCAGCAAAGUUUGUAGAUGGUAGCUAGUUGCCUAGUGUGGUACUUGUUUUUGUUCAAGUCUUUGUUCGUGUGAAGUGCUCUUGUUCAUUUAGGAGGCCAACUCUGCCUGUCCCACGAUCUGGUUGUUUCAUAUAUGGGCUAGCUUCUAAAACUGAUGUGCUUUUUUCCCCUACCAUUCUACCUAGGGGUGGGCAACGGGAAACGGGUAUUUGGGUAUACCCGUACCCGUCCCGUUUUUUAAGGGUUACGAGUACCCAUAUUACCCGUAAUAUUUUAAAUGGAUGGGACUUGGGAUUGUACAGUCCUAAUAUGGGUACCCGCGGGUUACCAGCGAAUACCCAUUUGGGUAAUAUGGGUACCCGUUGUACCCAUUCAAAUUACAAAGACAUAUAAUUCAUCUUCUCUUGGAGCAAGUAAUAUGGGCGUCAGACUAACUAUAGAACCUGUAACAGUAAAAAAACCCUUACAUUCAGCAUCCACCAAAAACAACCACCAACAAAAGGGGUAAGCUUAAAGUAAAUAUUACCUGGCACAACAAGGCGACUGUAGUUCCGGACAUGUCCUAGUCCUCUUGGAGCAAGUAAAACCUGUUAACACGGUUGCAAAUCAGACUUGUCUUUACUUUUCCAACACAAAAGGAUAUGAAUUCAUUCAGAACUGGGGAGCAGCACCAGCCGCAAUCACAUGAUUCAAUUACAAUUCGGUAACUUCUAACCCCAUUCCCUCACAGGGCAUAUUCAGUUAUUCGGUAACUUCUAACCUCAUUCCCUCACAGACGCAACACGCACAUUCAACGGCUGAGUUCUGUGUAGCUUUUUUUACUGUUUCCCCUUCCUUGAUUCCUUUUCAUCUUCAUCAUCAUCCCUUCUUUGGGUUGUAGGAAUUGGUGUAAGUUGCUACUUGUGCAACCAUUUUGUGUUUUGAAAUGAAUGCUUUGGAUGUAAUUGACUAAUUGUCUUUAGAUAAAAUGUGAUUUAAACUUUGGGUAUUUAUGGGUAGUAUGGGUACCCGUUAUCCGUCCCGUACGAGUAAUGGGUACCCGUUUCCCAUAUGAGUUUGGGAUAUGGGAUGGACUUUGGUCUCUAAAUGGGACUGGGUACCCGUUUAAAACGGGACGGGUAUCCCGUCCCGUUGCCCACCCCUGAUUCUACCAAGUCACAUAUGGGCUUUACAUACAUUUUGCACAGAGAAUGUCCAACCCUAGCUCUCUCAUUCAGAUAAUAAAAAGCCCAAUCAUAGGCCCUUCAAAACAAAUCCUUCUUUGUUUAUUUGUGAUGUUUUGCACGGAACAAGUGAUUAUUAUAAGGGAAAUUGUUAAGUAAGCAAAACAACUGCCCUUAAACGCUAAGCAGCGGCUCCCUCCUUGAGACUUGAAAAAGCGACGGCCCAUUGGUUUUGUUUUUUGGGGAGUUAUUCUUUUCUUUGACCUUUGCGGAAAACUCUCUUUGACCUUUUCCUUUCCUGAGGGCGUCACCCCACUUUCCAAUUUCGCAUCCCCCACAUUUUCCACGUAGGCUAACAAAUUAAAACAUGCAUGUGACAGUAAUGUAAACAACACCGUUCCACCUACGCAGCCGAAGCACGUGGGUUACAAUACCCGCCAAGAAUAUGUUGCCUCGCCGCGACCCCGCCAACAAGUUCGCGCUGGGUAACCCACGCGCCACAUGUUUCGCUUACCUCUUGCCCACUAUUGGUGUUUAUUGCCUAUGUCGCGGUUGUGCUAGAGCAUCAUGCACCCUGGUUGCAUAGUGCGACACGUGGCAUGCUAUGCGUGUUUAAGAAAUUGGAUUACAGACC